AGUGAGCCGCGAGGCGGUGCUGGUGGUGCGCGGAGCGUGGGAACGGCGAUCGAGUCAGCUCCUGUGACGAUUACAUGUAAGACCGCUAGGCAUCCUGAUGUGCACAGCGAUACAAUCAAGACCUGCAAUAUAAGAAAUAGCUGACCUGGCGAGGCCUGCAUUCAACAUCUUCUGAGACAAACGGGCAGCGCAGAGCACCUUGAGCACCUUGAGCAGCGUGUCCAAAUUUUCUGGCACUGAGUCCAAACGAAGAGGACAACGCCAGGCCGAGAUACCGGUUGGAACGCAAUCAGCUCCUGCAGUUUUCUGAUUCGCCAAGAAGGCGACGAAUCAGGAAAUAGCAUCGGGGUACUUUUGUCUCCAUCGGCUGAAAGAUAUUUGACACAUUCCUAAUUAAUUUACCUUGUUAGAACGCAAUUGAAUCAACUCAUCUCCGGUGCCCCGACCACUGAAACUCUCCUCCUCUCCCAUCCUCAUAAGACCCUGUCCUCCUCCCUCUGAAGCGCUCCGCCUACCGCCAUGUACCACGGAGGGGUGCACAACGGGGCCAGUUACGGCCUCGAGGGCGGCGCCGGCGGCGGCUACUUCUCCGGCGCCAUGUGCAUGCCGCCAGCGCACCAGAUCUUCGGCCUGUCGCAGAUGGCCGCACAGAGCGCCCAGAUGUCCAGCCAGGCUGUCAACGGCGCCACAUCGGCCACCACAGGUUGGCAGGGGGUCACGGCGCAGAACGGCACCGACAAUGCCCAGCUGGCUAUGAACUUUGGAGGUUUUAAAUUCGCCGGUGGCCGGGAGAUGGCACAGCCGUCGAUGGCGCAGGGCUUUGGCGGCUACAGCUACCCCGCCGGCAAUAUGACGGCCUGGGGCUGCAACAACAUGGCCGGCCUGUCCAGCCUGCAACGCGGCGCCUACGAGUUCCGCGAGUGCGUGCAGUGCGGCACGGUGACCCAGUCGUGCUACCCGGACGGCACCGGCCACUUCCUCUGCGGCACCUGCUUCUGCAGCCCCAAGUGGAAGGGCAUCACUCCUUCCCGACUCUACAGCGCCAGGAGGGGGUCCCCGUUUGCUCGCCGGUUCCACUCCAUGUGUACCAACUGUGGCACCACGCAGACCACUCUCUGGAGGAGAAACGCCGAUGGCGAGCCUGUGUGUAACGCCUGUGGGCUCUACUUCAAGCUACACGGCAUCCGACGGCCCCUAUCCAUGAGGAAGGACGGCAUUCAGACGCGAAAACGCAAACCAAAGGACAAGAAGAAAGAAUCGGGCAAGGAUAAAAAGGACGCAGAGUCAACAACGGAAUCGUCUAAGAAAUCGACGCAGAGCACCUCCCUGAAGGAAGAAGGUCAGCCUCAAUCCUCCUCCUCCAACGGACGCCACCGUUCGGCGGCUGCCACGACCACCGCCAGCGCCACCUCUGAAUAUCGAGCACAGACAGUGCUGCCACCUACCGCCGCUUCCCAGGCCAGCGGCGGCGUCAGCACGGGAGCCGACAUGGCACAAGCAUUCCCCCUCGCCAGCAGGGCGGCCGGUCUCGGGUUCGGAACGGCGCUGCGAAAUUUGGUGGAUACAGACGUUAGGAAUGUCUCUUGAGUUUUGUUGUGAGUGGGGAUGUGAGUUUGGAGAUUGCGAGAGACUUGGGAUAUGUGUGUUCCGUUCCGAUUGGCCACUUCAGUUUGGCAGACAUUUCGGAGAUUUGCCAGUGUGUUUUACCGUGAGCGCGUAUUGUGCAGUGUUUUAUGUCUUCCAGGGACGUGAUAUUAUUUGAUCUGAAUGGAUGUAUGCAAUAGGUAUUCUAACAAAGCGGUAGUGUUCAGCAUAACUAGUUGCUAGUGCAGUCAAGACUUUGCAACAGCGCGGAUAUUUGUUGAUAGUUUGUGCAAUGCUAUUUUUGGUAGGUACCUACUGACGUUGUUGAUGCAUGAAGUAUUUGUCUUCCAUGACACAUCAUCUUGUUUGAACAUAGCUGCUUUCUGCAUUGGAUUUGUAUCUACACGAAUAAAAUCCAAUAGCAGGUGUUUGUUUUUAGACUUAUUGCGAUGUAUUACCUAAUUAUGAUUUAUGAAAGUGA